AUGAGACUCGUAGGAACAAUGACUGCCAUAAUCCUUAUUAUGUUCAUUCUGGCUCAAGGUCUCGAGUGCUCCCAGACAUGUAAAUGUGAUCAGAUGUAUUUCUGCAACUGUUCCUCAAACAACCUCCAUCAGGUUCCAACAGUUCCAUCAGAUGUGCUUGGCCUUGACCUGUCUUUCAAUCAAAUUGAGUCAAUCAACAUGACUGAUCUCAGCUCUUACAAUGAGCUGAUAAUCCUCAACUUGCAUAAGAACAAACUCAGGCAUAUACACAGGGAUGCAUUCAAGUCCCAACAUAACCUGGAAGUUCUCGAUCUCUCCUUAAACAACCUGAACAAUCUCUCUCCGUCUUGGUUUCACAAGUUAAAAUCUCUCCAGCAACUUAACCUUGUAGGAAACCCAUACUCAACUGUGGGACCUGCUCCAAUCUUCAGCUCUCUUGUAAACUUGAGGACACUUCACUUAGGUAGUCCUUCACUGAGAGAGCUACACAAGAAUGGCCUAGAUGUGCUCACUCAUCUGGACGAGAUGACAUUUUUUGGCAGUAACCUGAGGUCAUAUGAGAACGGGAGCUUGAAAGCAGCUCGUCCCAUCGGUUCAGUCUCUUUGAGUCUACAGAAUUUGUUUGAGAGUGAUCCAGAACUAGUUUCCAAGGUCCUUCAAGAUGUCUCCCACCCUGAAACUCUGCUGAUAAUCAAAGAUGUCACUAUGAAAACAAACACAUCUACAGAACCCUUCAAAGUGGUGAAGGAAGGUGGCACUAAGAGCCUGACUUUCCAAAACUCCUCCACCACCGAUCAAGCCUUGACCUCUUUUUUAGAGUUCAUGGAUGGCUCUCCAUUGUCUUUUAUUGGACUUGAAGAUAUACAAUUUGUUGGGAUAGGAGAGUGGCAGAAAGCUAAAUACACACAUCAUGACAGCCUACGCACAGCCUACUUGCGUAAUAUUGAAAUAGAAGGUUUCUUUGGGUUUAGCAGCAUGAUAGAGUUGGGAUUUCUUCUGAAGCACUUCCACAACGUGUCUGUGAUCAAUGCCACAGUUUUUGUGAUUCCUAAGGAAACCACAUUCCUGUUGAAAAAUCUAGAAUACAUGGAUCUCAGCCAGAAUCUCCUGACAGACUUGACUAUUCAACCAACACUGUAUACAGGAUCUGGCGCAUAUCAAAACCUCAACAUGCUCAAUGUGAGUCAGAAUGUUUUAAAAUCUCUCGGGCUGAUGUCUAGGUUGGUCACCAAUCUUAAAAAGCUCAAAUAUUUAGACUUAAGUCAUAACAGUUUUGUUUCAAUGCCAGAAAAGUGUAGUUGGCCUGUUACUCUGAGGUUUCUGAACCUUUCAAGCACAAAGUUAAGCACAUUGACUCCUUGCUUGCCUUCGAGUUUGACAGUUCUGGAUCUCAGCGAAAAUGAUCUUAAGGCGUUCAAGCAAAGAUUUCCUCAUCUCACUACACUUAUACUGACAGGCAAUCGCUUAAUGAAACUGCCAGAUGGGAAAUUAUUCCCAAGCCUAAGUACAUUGCUGAUACAAAGGAACGCCUUACGGAUGUUCAACCAAAGCUCUUUGAGGAGUUUUAAAACUCUGCUUUACUUGGAGGCAGGUGCCAACAAUUUUGUGUGCUCCUGCAAGUUUGUUUCUUUCUUUAAAAAGGACGUCGAGGAUUUGAUCACCCUACAGGAUGGCCGUCAAAAUUACGUAUGUAAUACUCCCUUCACUCUCAGAGGUAAUGCGAUUGACAGUGUCAGACUGUCUGUGUUUGAGUGUUAUAUGAUCCCUGCCGUCUCAGUGCUUUGUUCUGGGAUUAUCACAGCACUCGGUCUUGUUGUGUUAACCUGCCACAAGCUUCAUGUCAUAUGGUACCUGCAGAUGACUAAAGCAUGGAUACAAGCCAAACGGAAACCUGCUGUUGGUCGAUUACCUGAAGAGCUCCGCUAUGAUGCUUUUGUGUCUUACAGCCAACAUGACGCUGAAUGGGUCGAGGAGAUUCUUGUUGCUGAGCUUGAAGACACUCAGCCUUCGUUUUCCCUGUGUUUGCACAAACGGGACUUCAGGCCGGGCCGCUGGAUCGUGGACAACAUCAUUGACUCAAUUGAAAAGAGCUAUCGAACUCUGUUUGUUCUGUCGGAGCACUUUGUGAGCAGUGAAUGGUGCCGUUACGAGCUGGACUUCUCACAUUUCCGCAUCAUGGAUGAACACAAUGACUCCGCUGUCCUGGUGCUUCUGGAACCAAUAAAGAAGGAGACGAUUCCCAAACGCUUCUGCAAGCUGAGAAAGAUUAUGAACUCCAGGACGUAUCUGGAGUGGCCUGAGGAUGAGGACAAGAGAGAUGAGUUUUGGAGCAAUCUGAGAGCCGCUUUACAGAGAGACGAGUGUUAA